AUGUCGGGUAGCGACAGCGAUUCUGAACCUGACGUUGAAGGUUUGAAGGAGGUAGGAAAGCUCAUCAUAGAGAUCCACCCGACAGACGAUAAAGCUUCAGUACCGUUCAAAGUCGUACCAACUACGAAGUUCAGCCGAAUGUUCACAGCGUACGAGGAUAAAGUCAACGUACAAAAAGGUGCUUACAAGUAUACAUACGAUGGGAAUAGGAUUCACCGAGACGAUAAUACCACUCCGAAAAUGUUGGAAUUCAAAAUUGGGAAACAAUAUGUUGUGGACGCUCAUCUAGAACAACUAGGAGGAAGUACAGGAUGA